AUAAACAAAGUAACAAGGCCCAGAAAUGUAGCUUGUUUACAUUUUUAUAAAUUUUAAUUAAAUAUUAUUUACACGUUUGUUGAUAAAACCGUUUAUAAUUAUGAAUAGAUGAGUGGUUAUAUCUACUAGUUUUUAUUUAAGUGAUACUUGUGGAAAACUAACGAUUAAGAAAAAUGACUUCUUUCAGUGAAAGGAUUGAGGACUAUGAAGUUCACAACUUAUUAGGAAAAGGAGGCUUUGCAACAGUUUACAAAGCACUAUGUUUGACCAACGGGGUUGAAGUUGCAAUAAAAAUGAUUGAUAAACAAUUAAUGGAAGCAGCAAAUAUGGUAAGUCGUGUCAGGCAAGAAGUUUCUAUACAUUCUAGGCUAAAGCACCCUUCUAUAUUGGAAUUGUUUUGUUUUUUUGAAGAUGCUAAUUAUGUAUAUUUAGUAUUAGAACUUUGUCAUAAUGGAGAGCUGCAACAAUAUUUAAAGCGAAGAACUAAUGAGGUUUUAUCAGAGGCUGAAGCGAGUCAUAUAAUGAGACAGGUUGUGGAAGGAAUGAGAUACUUACACUCACAUAAUAUUCUUCAUAGAGAUAUUUCAUUAUCAAAUCUGCUUCUAACUAAGGAUAUGCAAGUGAAAAUUGCUGAUUUUGGUUUGGCCACUCAGCUAGCCAGGCCUGAUGAGAAGCAUAUGACAAUGUGUGGUACUCCAAACUUCAUUUCUCCUGAAGUAGCUUCUAGAGGUUCACAUGGUUUAGAAGCAGAUCUUUGGGGCCUUGGUUGCCUUUUGUACACACUUUUAGUUGGCUCUCCACCUUUUGACACUCAUGCAGUCAAAAGUACAUUGACGAGGGUUGUAAUGGCAAAUUAUCAAUUACCAAGUCAUCUUUCUAUUGAAGCCAAAGACUUGAUAAACGCUCUUUUGCAGAAGAAUCCUAGAGAUCGAUUGAAAUUAGACCAAAUUUUGGAUCAUCCCUUUCUUAAAAUUCAUACAACUUUCAGAGACAUCUCUUCACGUUCUCAUGAUAGUGGUAUUCAUACAAUGUCCAGCAGAAAAGACAGCGCUUACAGUGACGGUGCCUUGCAAAAAUAUCAACUUCCUUUAAAUUCUUACCCUCGAUAUUCUAGUAGCGAUUGUAUUCAUUCUGUAAAGAUGUGUUCAGGUCAGAAUUUCAAUGUCACCAGUUUACAAUCUAAACAAUUUUCGGAUCACUGUGUAGCUCGUAAUCAAAACGGGUCAAAUCCAAACUUAUACUCUUUAAGUAACAGUAACUGUUUUCCUCAAAAAGAGAGUGGACAUUGCUACGUUUCAGAAAUUGGUAACUCUCGUGUUACCUCCGUGUGUUGUUGUUCACUGAUUUCUGUCCAUCAUCAUCCCCAACAGUGUAAUCAGAAUGCUAAUAGGUGUCCUCAAGAGAAUUUUCAAUGUCCAGAAAAGUCUAAAGAAACAGUUUCUGAUAAUACAAACGUUUCUGUGGGGAGGAAACGAGCGUCAUGUCCUUUCACGCCAAUUUCUUCUUAUCGGUUGUUACCGACGAGGCAUCAGACAAAAAACGCCAUUUUAACUAUCUCAGAUAAUGGUGAAGUGUGCAUAGAAUUUAUAAAGAAGCGUGGUGUAAUGAAGACCGAUGUUGUUUGCGAAGUGUGUCGAAUUUCGCCAGACGGUUUAAGGAUUGUAUUGUAUGAACCAGGAGACGGUAAAGGGGUACCACCUUCUACUAAACCACCUCCUUUGCCUUUACAUGGGAGCGAUCAAAUUUACAGUAUUGAAAACUUACCUGAAAAGCACUGGAAGAAGUACAGUUACGCCGCGAAAUUUGUCGAACUUGUUAAAGCCAAAACGCCAAAAGUUACUUAUUACACGGACAAGGCAAAAUGCUUGCUGAUGGAGAGCUUGGUCGAUUUUGAAGCCUGUUUUUAUGAAGGUGGAAAAGUGACGCAGUCAUCAACCGAAGGUACUGUCAUAAUGGACGGUAAGGGAGAAUGUCUUACACUUAAAGAUACCAAAGACUGUCUUGAUUUGUCAGGAGGAAUGGAUCUUCUCUGGAAUCACGCGAAUCAAGCUAAAGAGCAUUGCAUAUUGCUGGAGAAGACUUUAUCGAAAUUAUCAGGGAACAAUUUCCCUAUAAUUGUGGGUCGAAGACCUAAUUCAUCUCCAUCUAUUGGAAAGGAAAACAGUAUUCAACAAAAAAUGCCUUCUUUUGCUGCUUCGGUAACAAAUGUCCAGUCGAGUUCGAAAAAGGAUUCAUCCCUGUCUUCGCGGGGGAGUGACAAAGACCGUCAAGUGUCUAUUCCCGGUAUAGGCACUGCCACGCAGUUGUCAAACGGGGAAGUACGGGUCCGGUUUACCGAUGGUUCUCAACUUUGGGUUGAUGGGAAACAUCAUAUCCGAUACCAGUAUCCUGAUGGACGUAUGUCCAAUUAUAGAGAUUCAGACAGUAUUCCUCGUCACAUCAUGGAGAAGAUGCAACACAUGCCGAAAAUAUUAAAACAUCUUAUGCCACCCGUUUUACAUAAGAUGAGAACAAUGAGGUGAUAUGAAUGCGCCAAUAUCUUUUUUCAGGCUUUAAUUUAUUACGUAACUUAAUUAUAUUCAGAAAUUGUUUAAGCGUCUGUACUUAUAGAAUACUAAACUUGCAUAUUUACGUUAUACUGUUGUCGUUUAAGUACGUAUAUAUGUAGAAAAUAUUUGGGAUGUUAUACAAUGUACUUAUACAAACGAAUAUUCUUUAUGUGCAAAUGUUAGCAUACUGCCUACAAAAAUGUUAAGUAAAUAAAAAAUGUCUUUAUUUUUGCAAGGCUAUAGAUUUUUUUAAUUAAGUGGAUAAGUUUUUCAAGAAAUGUUGCAUAUUUGUAACUUUGUAUAAAUUUUUUGCGUUAUUAAAGUGGAAUUUUUUAAA